AUGAGUGAAAUACGGCAUCGACGUGGUGAAGGUGAUGGGAAUGAUAAAGUGGAAACUGCCGGUGAAUCCGAUCAUGUGGAUUCUGAAGAAGAAAAGGUUUUAGAGGAGAAAUAUGUGGAUGAACUGGCGAAGAAUCUACCUCAAGGUACUGAUAAAACUCCCGAAAUUUUGGAUUCAGCUCUCUCGGGAUUGUCUUCCCGAUGGAGGAACUGGGUGAUCCGUGGUAUUUUCACAUGGUUAAUGAUUGGAGCUUUUUGUUUGCUCAUCUAUGGGGGUCCGUUAGCUCUUAUGAUAACAGUUCUUUGCGUACAAGUAAAGUGCUUUGAAGAGAUCAUCAACAUUGGGUAUGCAGUCUACCGGGUUCACGGCCUGCCGUGGUUCCGUUCCCUCUCUUGGUAUUUUCUGCUGACUUCCAACUACUUCUUCUAUGGGGAGAACCUCAUUGACUACUUUGGAGUGGUCAUUAAUAGGACAGACUAUCUCCACUUUCUGGUGACGUACCAUCGCUUCAUCUCGUUCAGCCUGUACUGCGUUGGCUUCGUGUGGUUCGUGCUGUCGCUGGUCAAGCGCUACUACAUGCGCCAGUUCAGCCUCUUCGCCUGGACCCACGUGGCACUGCUGAUCGUCGUCACCCAGAGCUACCUCAUCAUCCAGAACAUCUUCGAAGGUUUGAUCUGGUUCAUCGUGCCGGUGUCCAUGAUCAUCUGCAAUGACGUCAUGGCCUACGUGUUUGGUUUCUUCUUCGGCAAGACGCCCCUCAUCAAGCUCAGCCCCAAGAAGACCUGGGAGGGCUUCAUUGGUGGCGGCGUCUCCACUGUCAUCUUUGGGCUGGUGCUCUCCUACUUGAUGGCUCAGUACCCUUACCUGGUGUGCCCCAUCGAGUACUCUGAGUCCCUGGGCCGCAUGACGAUGGACUGCGAACCCUCGACCCUCUUCCGCCUCCACGAGUACACUCCGCCGCAGUUCCUGCAGCCGCUGAUGAAGGCAUUCGGACGCGAGAAGUUCACCAUGUACCCGUUCAUGAUCCACUCGCUGGCGCUGAGCAUCUUCAGCUCGGUGAUCGGACCCUUCGGCGGAUUCUUCGCGUCCGGCUUCAAGAGGGCCUUCAAGAUUAAGGACUUUGGUGACGUCAUCCCCGGCCACGGGGGCAUCAUGGACCGCUUCGACUGCCAGUUCCUCAUGGCCACCUUCGUGAACGUCUACAUCACCAGUUUCAUCCGCACCGCCACUCCUCAGAAGCUGUUGCAGCAGGUGUACAACUUAAAACCGGAACAGCAGCUGCAGCUGUUCUACGCCCUCAAGGAGUCUCUGGAGAACAGGAACAUCCUCAAUUUGGUACCU